AUUGCAAGGAAACAGACGCUCUUGGGAUUUACUAAAGCUCCUGGCGCAGUUCCGUGACACACAUACAGAGCUCCCAUUGUAUUAGCUGCUGCUUUGCACAUCUCCUAAUUUGGAUUUACCGGGAAACUCAUUUCCUGAGGCUCGAGAGGGAGCGCGAGUUGGAGAGAGGCGGCGGGAUCCGAGGGAGGGAAGGGAGUGAGUGACAGACGGAGGCACCGGCCGGGACAGCGGUCGCCAGCGCCGAGGACGAUGCCCGGGGCUGGCAAAGAGCCCCAGCGGUCGCCGCCGCCCCUCCACCACCAGCAACAGCAGCACAGGGGCAUGCUGAAGUGCGUGGUGGUCGGGGACGGUGCGGUGGGCAAGACCUGCCUGCUCAUGAGUUACGCCAACGACGCCUUCCCCGAGGAGUAUGUACCCACCGUCUUCGACCACUACGCAGUAACCAUCACCGUUGGAGGAAAGCAGCAUUUGCUUGGUCUAUAUGAUACUGCUGGACAGGAGGACUAUAAUCAACUGCGACCUUUCUCCUAUCCAAAUACAGACGUAUUUUUGAUCUGUUUCUCUGUGGUAAAUCCUGCAUCUUACCACAAUGUGCAAGAGGAAUGGGUGCCUGAGCUUAAAGCAUGUAUGCCACAUGUGCCUUAUGUAUUGAUUGGAACUCAGAUUGAUUUAAGAGAUGAUCCCAAAACAUUGGCCCGAUUAAUUCAUAUGAAGGAAAAACCUAUCACGUAUGAACAAGGUGUGAAGCUGGCAAAAGAGAUUGGAGCACAGUGUUAUUUGGAAUGUUCUGCACUCACGCAAAAAGGCUUAAAAACAGUUUUUGAUGAAGCAAUUUUGACAGUUUUCCACCCCAAAAAGAGGAAAAGAGGUUGUGCAAAAUGUCGUCUGUGUUGUGCAAUUAUCUGACGCAAUGCAAGAGGGCAAAAGAACUUUAAUACAAGAAGGCAAGUUCUGGAUGACAAACAAGAACGAAGCUGAUUGUGCAAACAGAAAGCAUUUUACUGAAAGUUUUUGGAGAAGGAAAGCAUUCAUUUCCUUGUUCCUUGGUAUGGUGAAGAGAUGGAGAUCGGGUCCAAUAGGAACAGCUGCAAUAGUGGACUAACAUAAAGUAUCAAACCUCACAGAAGUCAUAUUAGUUUACUGCUAACUGUCAUUCACUUUUCAAAUUGCCAGGUGUGCAUCUUCUCUCAAGCCUGGCUGGAAAGUACUGAGCCAUUGUUUAAAAAGAACUGUCUGUGUUAUGGCGAGGAUGUGACAUGGAAGCCUGAGGAGCAGUAGAGGCAAAGGUGCUGUACAGAGCGCAUAGAAGCACUGCAGUGGAACCCUGUUACUUUCAGCUAAGCUUUUCCGUGGCCUUAUACAGCUAACUAUAAGCACAUACCGCAGUUUGAAGACCUCAGUAGUAUUUGUUCAUACAGUACUGCCUUCCUGAAGCUGGGUGAGCACUAAUGCAAUUUGCAAUAGCCAUCUGAACUCUUGUAGCCUGCAAAGAUCAAUGAAUAACUUCUAACUGUGUAAGCCAUUAUUUCUGAAGCACAGUAGUAACGGCAAUCUUCAAUGAUUGUUCAAAGUAGCAUUUUAAAGUAAUACCAGCACUACAUUUUGAAUCUUAAACAAGAUAUAAAAUGAGAUCAUAUUACCCUGGGUUCUCUAAUUUCAUGACAAGGUUAAUUCUCCAUGGAACAAGACUUGAAAUAAUCCAUGCUCUAAGCAACCCAAAAAUAGUUUCUCUGUUAUUUGAUUGUUUGUACAGCAUCAGAUGCUUUGCUUUGGACCUGCUAUGGUCAUAUUUUAACCCACUGAUGGCGGAGAUGAAGCUUACAAAUAGCACCUCUGCUUAAAUACCAAGUAACACAUUAGUGUUACCAAGCUUUAUUUAAGUAUUUUUCUUAAUGUGCAGAGUAAGAAUGCUUAAUAAUUGGGUUGGUAGUCUCUCACGAUGGUCUGUAGAUGCAUGGCACAUUGGGUUAUGGAAUGCGGUCUUGAUUCCUUCACCAUGAAAAUGUUGAACAGAGCCAGGUGUCUCUGCAUUUGGAGGAAGAAUGCAUUUGAAAAGCUUGCUGAUUUUACACUCUUGUACAAAUGUUGGCAAACAAUGCAAGGUGAUGUUAGUGGACACCUAGGAUCACACCACUGUUUGCCCAUUCAUCUACAAUUACAGGUAGCAUGGUGAAGCCAUAAGAUUAAAAUAGGGAGUAAAAACUGAUCCUAAAUCCUUCUCCAACAUUGGCGUGCAUUUUAAGGAUUAGCAAUUAAUUCAGUUUUCUUCAGGGACUCCUAUACCAUCCUAGUACCUGGUCACUUCUUUUUGCAGUUCUAAGCAAAUCAUUGGAGACCAUGAGAGGGCUGCCUGGUGAGAACUUUCCUUCGGCAUGUUCUUCUCAUUGAGAAAGUAUCUGAUCUGUAUUGUAGUUUUGGUCCCAAAAAUUCACCUGAAAUGUUCACAUUCAAAGCACAGUGUUUUACAUUCCACCUUGGUUUACUUGCUACAAAAUUACUACAAAAAGUAAAGCUUUCUUUCAUCAAGAUUAAUACAGCAGAACAGAAAGUAAGCUACAUCAUUGUAAUUAUGGUUAUUGAACUAUACAUCCAUUAGCAUUGGAGAAACCAAAUGGGAAAAUUUUCUUUAUGUAGUUUAAUUGGGAUAAUACUGCAAAAUGUAGCUCAAAACAACAUCCUGUUUGAUUUAAAUCAUGUUGGCCCAGAUUUUUCUGGAUUUUGGAUUCUCUGAGUUCGACAUCCUUCAGUGAUAUUUUGCUUGCCUUGUACAUUGCUUGUGUGUGAGCUGUUAAUGGUGCUGGGAGGCAGUGGGACAUCUGAGACCAUGGCGAAUAGUGAGAUCCUUACCAGUGUGACUUAAGGAUUGAGGAAAAAAUAGAGAGAAGAUGGAGAAAGUGGAGGGUGAAUUAAGGUGUAGAGGUUUUUAAAAAAUGGGGAAAGGAAUUCUGAAUUAAGAAAGGAUAAGAAGUGACAGAAAGGGUAAGAAGUGACAGAAAGGAAAAAGGCUUAACAUUUCAACAUUAAUAAUGUUAGUCGUGCAGCAAAUCAUGGAAGUUCACAAGUCACAAGGUAUCGCCUCCAUGUCAAGAGCUGCCAGGCUUUCUGUGAAGUAAUAGGAAGCAUCAUAAGCUUCCAUUACUUUUCUGCAUGGUGAAAAUAUAGUGUAAUUCUUAUUACAAUUUAAUAAUGCAAGCACUUAGUAAUUAUAACUACAAGUCACACAAAAUAAUCACUUGAAAUCAUGAUUGUGCUGACAACCAUUAUUCUGCAUGUACAGUGCACAUAAAGCAAUAUGGCUUCAUUUAAAAAUUAAUUAUAGUUGUGAAGAACAAUUUAAAUCCAAGAACUUAACAUUUUUCAAAAUAGCAAUACCCAUUUAGUUAAUAGACGUCGGUGGUCUGGGUAUUGUAGUCAACAGAUAAGCAGCAAUGCUGACUUGACUUUUUGGAAAGCUGCCUGUAAAAGUCCACUGAUUUCUAUGUUACGGGCUUUACCUUUUCCAAUAUUUUAUUUUCUGCACAUCAAUUCUGUGGGAUCACUGAUAUCCAGCGGCAGGAAGGUCAUCAAGCAGGCUGAAGGAUGAUCGUAUUGAAGAAGUUUUUUUGGCAACAAACUGGGAAGGUUAAAGCACAGCUAUUAAUUAAUAGUUUAAACAUUUUACAGAGCUUGAAGUAGGUUAGAAUAUGAUUAAAGUAGUAGCUCAAAUAUUAUUUUUAAAAUGCAUUUUGAAAUAUUUACCUUGAGGAAUUAUAAUCCAUAAACAAAAUUAAUUUGUUUCAGGAGAACAGUUUGACAAAUGGUAUUUAUGGCUUAAUAUACCAUUUAAAAACUCACUUGCACAUCAAACAGCAAAGCAAAACAUUUUUAGGUUCAUGAAUAUCUGAAUUUUUUGUCAGUUCUUGAUUACUAUGCAAAACUGUGCCCCCUAUGCAGAGGCAGAAAAUCAGUAAUAACUUCUGAUUCAAUCUUCAAGUGAUUAUGUGCAUUGUCCAGAAGUUGCUGUUAGUUUCGUGAUGAAGUGAUGGCAAAUGCUGGCAGUUUCACAAAUAAAUACCAAAGUCUGGGCCAAUAUUCAGAUCUGGUUUGAUUUGCUUCAUCGGGAGGUUCAAUAUUUCUAUUAUGUAUCACUAACCAUUCUGUUAUGCCAAUUGAACCUUAAUAUGUAUUCUUUUUUAAUUACUUGUUUUCCAUAUGCUUCCUAAAUAAUCAGAAGCAUAUUCAUGACUGCACAAUUUAAAACAGUUCUUUUCAUUGUAUGAAAAAAAAACAUAAAUCUGUGUGUAUUUAUUUGACACAAUUUUUCGAUGGUCUCAGUUAACCAGAUCCUAAUCAGAUAUCUGUGUUAAGCGUAAGUAAAAUUACCCAGAAUUUCUAGCUGCAUUGAGUCUAUCACCUCUGUCUUUUUUAAAUUAUAUUAUUAGUAGGAAAAUUUAAUGUUCAAGAUGCACUUUUUACACUUGAUAGGAGCCAAUGUUAACCAGUGAACAGAUGGAUGUAUUCAGAGCUUUUCCAAGGACCCAUGUUCAGGAGCUAGUUUUCUUGAUUGUCACAAUAGCAGAAUGUGAAUUUAGGUGUGUUAUCGAAUAGGUUUCCUUUCUUAGCAUCAUGUCGUCAAUUAUCUCUCCAAACUAAUGUAUUUCUUAUAUUCAUAGUUUAACAGUAUGAAUUAAGCUAAUCAUUAACAUUCAAAGUAGGCUUGCUGGACUUGUUUAGUAAGCAAGUGUAUAAGCUGUGGAACUAAACAGUAUUUUAAAAUGAGCACAAAAAAAAUGAAGGGAGUCCAAAGAAAUCUCUGAGUAAACUAAAUCUACGAGAAUAUGUCUAUAGAUCAUUGACAAAUCAGAAUAUAGUUGAAAUAAGCAAUAUAUUUUAACUUUAUUGUCCAGAAGAGCUAGGCUCAUAUGCUUUCAAUGUAUGUGAUAGACUAAGUGAAGAGAGGGGGUGUUUUUCUGAACACAGCAAAUACCCAGAAAAAAAUUGCAUUACCAAUGAGCUCAUGCUGCUAAACUGAGCAAUGAAUUAUGUUUGAAUGUUUGGAAAUGUGCAGUAGCAUUCUAAUGGUCCAUCAUAGAAUCCCUGAUUAGCACGUGGUUUUGUGGUGGUGCUUUAUUGUUGCGUUUCAGUGCUCUGCCAACCUCAAAAGUCAAACAGGAAACUGCUGGUUUCAAUUAAAAUUGGUUAAGAUAUAUCUUCAUGCAACUGGGAUUCUGAUCCAACCAUCCUAUUGAUACUAGAUCUUACCACUUCAAAGCUUGUUACAACUUUUAUUUGGCUCAAUUUAGCAGAUUUUUUCCAUAAACAAUCAGAUCAAAGCUAUUUUAAUUGUGGUCAUACUAGUCCUGAUGUGUGGUUGUUCCAGCUUAGGGUAAGAAUCCAGUUUUUAAUUUCAUGACAAGAAAGAUUACAAGUAGUAAAUUAGACAUUUCUUUCUCUUCCUAACUGAAAUAAGAGUUAGGAUUCCACUCUUGAUCAUGCAUCUCAUUUUCUCAUCCACUGUAAUUGCAUGUUGAUUAUUGAAACCAACAAGUACUGUCCAGUUGAAUGAAGCUUCCCAACAGGUAUUGUUUUAUGACUUUCAUAUACCUUUAAAAAUUACAGCAGCAAUAGGAGACUUCAUUAAAUUUAACCUUAAAAACACUUUAAUACAUAAUGUAAAUAUUUUUUUUUCUCAGGAUCUGUUAGUCAGUAAUUAACUAGCUGACUGAAAUUUAGAAGAAAUACUUAGUUCCAAAAUAACCUAGAAAACCUAAAUUGUCAUUCUCAAACAUACAAAGCCAUGAGCAGCUUAUUUAAUAUAUUAUGGGUAAUAAAUCAGUCAGAGAAAAAGAUGAAUAAUUCUCAUUCAGUUCAAUUGAAGGAAACUCUAAUCUCCCAAAAUGUGUGGUAGAAAUUUAUCUUGUGCGAAACUGGUAGUUUCAGAUCAGUCUCCCUUUUACACUGAUCUAUGUGUGAAUGCUACUUGCAUAUACAUUUAUGGCACAUUUGAUACUGCCCACUUUGUGGAGCCAUUUGGGAUGACUAACAACCCUGUUGAUUUUGCUUGCUUUACCUUGUGUGUAACCAAUGGCAUUCUUGCCCUUUUUUUAAAAAAAAUUACUCAGCAGCUGAUGGUUAUAAGAAAUAUUCCCAUGGACUCUUGAUGCUUUGCAAGCACAUCAAAUUUAAGUUAAUUAAAAUGCGCUUCUAAGUACUGUAAUUUAUUUUCUGAUUCACUCUACAGCUUAAAUUUUUGCCUGUUUUUUUUAAAUAUAUAAAAGAUGUUGGAAUGAGGAGUAGAUAUUAAUCCUAAAAAUAUAACCAAAACAAAAUGAUGCAGUUUGGGUUUAAUUAUCAUUCAAAGUAGCAUGCCCUUGCCCAUCAAGAAAACCUAUCAACAAUUGGGUAUGAUUGUUUGUACAUGAAUAUUACAAGGUAGUUAAACAGUAAUGGAUUCAGCCACCAGUGUAACAGACCCUUCGGCCCACCAUGUCUAUGCUCUGGCUAGUGAAGGCAGGCAUCACAUAUGCCUUCUUCAAAAAAGAGACCUAAUGGAUUGGAAAUGAAAAGUUGCUCAUUAAACAAUCUUUGAAAAUUUUAGGUGAAUCGGGUUUGGAUGGCUUAGUCUCAAAGGAACACAUGUUGACCACAUUAGAUUGGAAAUGGCAUGUACGGUAAUCCAAUAACCCCUGUAUGAAGCAGGAUGAACUUAAUUUUUCCAGCUGCUGUCGCCAAGCAAUGACAUUCUAAUGAGCUGCCUGCUCUGCUUCUUCCUUCCCACUGCUGAAUCACCAAAACUGCUUUCUUCCACCUUUGCAACAAUAUUAACCCUUCCACAAACUUCGGUCCACAGUAAAACAUCUCUGCCUCUUUAUAUCUUUCUUCUCUGUGCUGGCAAAUGCACUCUCCCUUGCUCCCACUCUGACUUCUUCACUUCUUGCUCUUCCCCCAGUGGCCGCACCUUAUACAAUGACUAUGUUCCUGCCCUUUGGAAAAUGAAAUCUCAUCUGCAUGUCCACUUUGCACCUCACUUGUACUCUCAAAAGCCUUCAUUCUGCAGCACGCAUUUGAUUCUGCAACUCAGCCACUCCAUUCUUCCCCCAAACCACCUUUUCCAAGCCACUUGUCUACCACAUUCCUUUCUUCCUUAUUGUGAAGUUUGCAGAGAUAUCAUCCAACACUUUAACAGAAUCAGGUUGUAAUAGUGUUGUGAUGAAUUGAGCAUGGCAUUUUCCUCGGCACAAAAAGCACGGUUUAAAUAAUGUUGUUGGAUAACGUGCAAUAGUCAUCUUUAUGAAAAGGUUAUGGUGAUGUGGAUAAAAUGAACAGACAUGGUUCUUUACCCACGGGAAUUUACAAUAGGAAUAGAAAGAUGAAAGAACCUGAUAGCUGAAAGAUUCAUGGAAAUGGCUGAUAAUUAAUCGCCAGCAAAGAUCUUAAUAAACUUUACAAAAAUAUUGGAUUUCACUAACUUUUCUUGCACUAAAUGGGAGCUGCAUUUUGCCUUGAUGCUGUGUUUGACAUCACCAAAAUAACACAUGUGGGACAUGUCAACUUAAAAACAAAUGUUAUUGUAGUAUUCUACAAGCAGUAGUACCUGGAUCAUGCAUUUACAGAUGGCAGAGUGUCAUGAGGGAGGUAGAGAAGAUGGUGGUAUUGGGGAAGAAGGGUUAAAUGACAGUUUUGUGUCAUGUUGACUCCUGUGGUAUGAGCAGUCUGAUCACACCCUGUGCCACAUGGACUACCACCAUAAUUAGCACCAAGGCCACAUGUUGCAGCAUCUUCCACUGAAAUGGACAGAUGCUGUGACUAAUCAGUGAUCUUAAAAUGGAAGUCUAGCAACGACCCUUUAAAUCUAGGAUCAUAUAGAGCUACAGCAUGGAAAGGGGCUCUUCGGCCCAAUAAGUCUGUGCUGACCGUCAACCACCCUGUUGCACUAAUCCCACGUCAAUCUCACUUUUUAUUCUCCCCACAUUCUCAUCCUCCCCCACCCACCCCAGAUUCUACCACUCAGCUAAACACCAGAGCACCCAGAGGAAACCCACAGGGAAAAUGUGCACGGGUGGCGCCUGAGGUCAGGAUUGAACCCACAUCUCUGACACUGUGAAGCAGCAGCUGUACUAGUUGCGCCAUCAUGCCACCCUUGUGCAUGGAUCAUGACUGGAUUUGUGGUUUGUUCUUUGUUUAACUGUUGGCAAACAAUGAAAGCCACAACCUUUUGAUCCAAUUUCUGUCAGUAAGUCAGAAACAUAUGCCGCACAUGUUGGCAAAGUAAUUUUGUGUGUGAAAAGUGGCUGGGAAAUGCCACUUGCUCGAGGGUGAUUCCAAAUGGGAAUUGCCCAAUCCAAUUUCCAGAUGGCUAGGAUUUCUAAUAGAAAUUGGUGAAAACAUAAAAUAUGCUUAUCUAAUAUCUUUUUCCAAUUCAAGUUCUAGCCAGUUUUUAAUUUCGUGCAGAAAUGGUUUGAAAGGAGAUUUCAGGGUUUUCAUCAGGUACAAUGAAGUAUAUUCUUAAAAUUAAUUACUUUUCCAGGAACUUCGGGUAUUUCUGAGAUGGAUUAUGUCAAAUAUGUUCUGGGCUCGUAGGGAAUGAAUGCUACACACUGGAUCUACAUACAUUAUCAAGUUAUAAAGAACACACAAGUGGCCCAGAUGCUAUUAGACAGAUAUGCCAAAUGAGCAACACAUUUGGAAUUUAGUUAAUAUUGUGAUAUCCAGUUGAUUUGUUUUACCAAUAUGCUCAAUGGAAUGGCUACUUGCUUUCUAUUUAUAUGAUGCCUAAAGUUAAAUUUGGGUUCAGAUUUUGUUUUAAGUGAGCAGCAAAUAAAGACUUGCCACUCAGCUUAACAAAGAAGCUCAGGUGAUAAAUGGGAACAGCAUCUGCUGAAAGAAACUAUGCCAAUCUAGUUGUUGUUUAUUGAUGCCCAGUUGUGUAGGACAAUGAAUCAUAAAAUUGGAAAAGGUAUUAACAGCAUCCUACACAACCUUGCAUUGUAUUCAAAUCAUCUAUUGAUUGGAAUGGAGAUUCUAGGAGAGACUGUUCUGAGCACUGCACUAAAGUUCAGUUUCAUUUGGAUUCUGUUAGGUGCCUAAAGACCACCUAAAAGCAUUUUUACAAUAGUUUGACAGAAUCAUGGUGUCAAAGUAGUAUUUAUAGAGAUUUCAUCCAUUUUAAAGUUGUGACUGUUCAGCCUGUUAGUGCUUUUCAUUGUUGGUGCAUCUAUUUGAUAUGCUGCUUGUUCAGAAACUGGAAUCUUACUUAACAAAUCCAAUGGGUUGACUGCUCUUCUGUCUUUCAGUACUUAUAUAAUUAUGAGCUUGUGAUCUUUUCUGAAGGGUUGUUCACCUUAAAUCUUUGGAGUCUUCCAAUGACUAGUUUAAUUAUUUAGUCUGGAAUUGCUGUAGUAUUCUCAUAACACCAAUGCAAAUUCUGUGAAUAUGCUAAUAGUUUUCUGUUGUUGAAUACAAUAACAUAUCACUCUAUUAUAGUUACCCCUAUUUUGUUAGCUCAGAAACCAGUAAAUUUCUGCAGGUAAGAGUCAUUAACAUAAUCAGAUAUCAUAGAAAAUUAGUUUGGUUCUAUUCAAAAUUUAUAGUGUAAUUUACUCAGGCUAUAAAUUCAAAGCGUGCAUGGUAUAGUUGCUCCAUAGUAAUGCCUUUACAGCUGAAUGCUCUGUUGAAAAGCACACAAGACUUUUUUUGAUGAUUUACUCUCCCCUUUUUAAACAUUUAAGACCCUCUAUUACUGGGUAUAAAGAUUGCCCAGGUGUCACUGCAUGGUAUGUUAUCUGCUGCAGUUUAGAAUUGGGCUGUGCUAAUAUGAAGGUGUUUUUGAGGGAUCUCUUUACUGGGACUUCUUUGCUGGAUCUCUCCAUUACUCAUUUUUUUUAAAAUAAAUUUGUAACAGCAAGUUAGAGGCACUCUCUUAUGAUGUCAAUUCUCCUUUCAAGUAUUCAUUACCAAUUAUAUAUUAAUCCUUUUAAACAAAUAUCAAAUGAACAGAUGAAUCGAAUGUUGAUUAUAUCUUUUGAUUUUUUUGCUAAAAUAUAGUCUGUAAUAAUAAUACUAAUCUCAACUCAUUAAUUUUAACUGACAUUUUUGUGUAACUGGCAUUAACAUAACGUAGUACUUUACACAUUUAUUUUCCUGUUUCACUCUACAGAAGACUGUGUCUAGAAUAACUAAACACUGUAAGUAUUAAAGCACGCUACUGGGGUUGCUAGAAAUCUAAAAUAAAAACCUGAAUUAUUUUUUUUGGAACUCCUCAACUGGUCAGAUAAAAUCUCUGGAGAGGAAGCGACCUGCAGAAGGACUUAGACAUGGAAACUCUUAACCUGUUUUCUCUCUCAUAGAUGCUGCCCAACCGCUGUGCAUUUCCAAUGUUAUCUGUUUCAAAACACUAAAAGUAUGAACUGUAGAUUUGAAAUUAAUUUCUGAAAAAUGCACUUUGAGUCAAAUUCAGUCAUGUGAUUCAGCUUUCAUUGUAAGAAUUGGGACUGUGUUUUGAUCUAAUAGACUAAUAAAUUAUGAAAACAACUGGCUGGCACUUCUUUAUAAAUAUUACUGAUAAAUUCCAGUCAGUCCAAUAGGAUUUUCUUCACCUAGAUUAUCAAAUUGCUGAUCCUCACAGCAUUCUUUUAAGUUUCCUAACAAAAUUCAAUGUUUUGUUUUUGUGGUACAAGUAAUUAAAACAUUAGUUGUGCUUGCAGAAAUUGAUCUGGUAAGAGAGUGCAUUUAGUUUUUAAAACUUUAAAGACACCACAGGUUUAAAAUGCUUGUUUUAGGAGUUAAAUUAGUUAGAAAUCAGGGUAAUCAAAAGACAAGCAGGCUUUAAAAUAUAUCGGGUAACUUUUUUCCACCAUGUAAAUGGAUGAAUUAUAGUUAAAAUGUGUUGUUAAUAUAAUAUCACAUGUCUGUGUGCUGUUAUUAUAUGUUGAAGCAAAGUUGUAUUGUUAAUAAACCUUCAUAUAUCUUUCAAGUUAUUAAAUGGGAAUGUACCACUGACCUGACAUCUAACCAAAUGGUUCAACAAUUGUACUGUAUAUUGCUAAGAUCUAAAUCAUGUGGACUUUAAUAUCCACAAUCAGUUUUCAGUCACAAUCCAGAAGAGGAUGCACUUGAAAUUAAAAUAAAAUCAUGUAAAUGUUUUGUUUUUCAUUUUCACAAACAAGCAUCCCUGAAGUCUUGUAUGACGUAAAUGUUGGAAAGUAGCUACAGUUUAACUGGGUGGAAUUUGUGAUAGGAGUUUCUGGUAUGAUUGAUAUCUUUGCUUACCGUAUCCAAUUACAUCUUGUUAGUGCCUUAAUAUUGUUUCCAUAUAUUGGGUAAAUGCAGGUAUUAAAAUGUCAGAAGCAGCAAUAUCUUGAAACCAGUAGAAAUGCAAAUUCCACAUGGUUUAAUAUUAUUAAAAUACAGAAUACAACUUGUAAUUAAUCCCAUUCUUUUAAUUUCUAUGCAACAAAUUCAAGUAUUGCUGUAUUAAUGGCAAUUGCUGUAUAUGUUUAAUUUUUGUUUAAUUCAGUUUAUUGUGCAUUUUUGAUGAAAGUAAAAGUUUAUUGGAUA